CAAUAUUUGGUUAUAUUUUCAUAACCUUAAUUUCACAAAAUAAUGGCAUCACAUUGGGAAGAAUUUUACUCAACACAUUUACCCCCUACAGACUUUGAAGAUAAUAGAAAGUUACUGAAAGAAUUCUGUGAACGCCACCACAAAACAAAUCAAAGAAUUGUCCUAAUAACUUCGGGAGGUACAACAGUUCCGUUAGAGCAUAAUACAGUAAGAUUUGUGGAUAAUUUUAGUGCAGGGACCAGAGGUGCGGCCUCCGCAGAAUAUUUUUUAGAACAUGAUUAUAUGGUUAUAUUUCUGCACCGUUUGAAAUCGUUGGAGCCAUUUACGAGACAUUUUACGGGGCAAAUGUUCCUCGAUAUGCUAGAAUUGAAUGACCGAGGGCCCAGUACAACAAUUACAGUGAAACCCGAUUGUGUAGACAUUGUCGCACCGAUCUUGGCAAGAUAUAAAAAUGCCCAGGAAGGUGGAAGAAUAUUGUAUGUGACCUUUACUAGCGUAUCCGAUUACUUUUGGCUAUUAAGAGCAGCCUGCGAAUGUUUAGCUGCCUUUCAAAGUAAUGCACUGUUGUACCUAGCCGCAGCCGUUUCGGAUUUUUACAUUCCUUCAAGUGAAAUGCCCACCCACAAAAUUCAAUCACAAAAUGGAGCCCCGACCAUAUCAUUACAAUUAGUUCCAAAAUUGCUGGCGCCUCUUGUGAAUUUGUGGGUUCCACAUGCUUACGUAGUUUCUUUUAAAUUGGAGACUGAUGAAAGUAUUCUCAUCGCAAAAGCUAGAGAUUCUAUUAAUAAAUAUAAACACAAGUUGGUGAUCGGAAACAUAUUACAAAGUAGAAGAUAUCGUGUAGUAUUUGUUACACCACAAAGCAACUAUGAGGUUGUACUCACAAGAGACCAAAUGCUAAAUGGUAUGGAAAUUGAAGAUUCUAUUGUUGCCAAUGUUGUUGAUAGUCACUCAGAUUUUAUAUCUAACCUACAGUAUUAAUUUAAUGUAGAGUAACCUUUCAUUUGUGGUGCUCAGGGUGAAAUUUAACAUACCAAAUUUUAAUGUUAAUGUAUACAGUGGCAUAGCAAUUUGUGUUCUGUAGGAAGAUUAGAAAGAGAUUUAUCAAUGUAAAUUACUGCCACUAAUUAAGUAGUAAUUCUUUCUCCUGAUUUUUUAUAAGUAAAACUAUCUAAACACUGCUUCAGUGCAGUUAAGACACAGGGUUAUAAGGGCACACUUUAGUAGCUAGCUUUAGAAAUUUAGAUUUGUUUACUGGGUAAAACUUGUCUUUAGUGCUGGAAAAUUUAUGUUAUGUGUAGUAGCUGGAAGUUAAUUAUUUAUCAAGAUUCGUAACGUCCUUUAUCAAGAGGUUUUAAAUUCUUAUUUGUUAUUAAUGAAAACCUUUUCCCAAGGAUGUACGACAUAAAAAUAUCAGUCUGCAAUUACCAUAUGUGAACUUUAAUAUAAGUAUACCUAUACAAUUUCCCUUUGUAAUAUAGCGAGGUGUACACAUAAUAUAAACAAUAAGGUAAAAUGUAAGAUCCUAAUGUAGGUAUGUAAAUACUUUGGCACUAAUUAAUUCCAUUAAUCUGUUAAUUUCUGAUGUGCAUGUUGUAUGAAUUUUAGUUAUGAUGAAGGGCUUCGAGACAUUCUGUGAAAUUAUCUGUAUAAAUUGGGGUAAUGUACUGUUAAUCAGAGUAUUAGGAAGUGAAACUGUAAAAUGUAUUUUUCUAUUAUUGCGUGCCAAUGACCUAAUGCAGUUUGUAUAUCGACUAUUUUUAGCUAAUAUCAUCCAAGUAGAUGGAAAAUGAAUUAAGGUUACUCUGAUAAGUCUUUAAAGCAUUAUAUAACUAUUUCACUUUAAAGUCUUAAUUGAUUAGCUAUGCCCAUGAGGUUAUUUUAGAUAUGUAUUUAUAUUUGUGUUAUUAUAUAGGUAUGUUGUUA